GUCAUUUAAAUUGUGUGAUUUCGAUUUCACGUGUUUUAUAGAUUUCGGCAUGCUAUUCCAAAUGUUUUUAUUUUUAGAUGUGCUAUGUGAUGUUGAAUUAUAGAAAAUGCACCGAAUACUAUCGGCUCGGAAUUUAUAUUACAAUAAUCUUCACGGCUUCAAUUCACCAUCCAAUGUUGUUUUGAAAAACGCUUCAAUUACGGAAAUAAAAUGUUCUUUUUGUCGGAAAAUUCUGCAAACAAGCUAUCUAGCAGAAAACCUUUUUUCUGCGAGGCAUCAAUCAACAAAAACAGCUAGUGCUCUCAGGUCACAAAAGAAGAAAGUAAAGCAUAAAGGUUACAAAAAAUAUGGAGAGCUGCUAGAAGUAAAUCAUGGGACUAUGAUGGAAUCCAAGGUGUCAAUAAGCAAACUGCAUGCUUCCCAUCUUUCCAAAUUAGCGUCUAGUCCGGUAUCUCUAGGAGAACUACAUCAACUCACAAAACCUUUAAAAAAGACUAGCAACAUCGAAAUAGAUCCUGAACUCCUUGAAAGUGUAAAGAAAAAGAUUUUAAACAAAAAUACCUCUGAAAUAAAGCUGGAAGAUGACAAAUGUGCUCUCAUAUUUACCAGUCAUCAAAUUUCAUCCAUUGAAAAUAGAUUUAAAACUAAACAACACAUAGAUAUAGUGAAACAGAGUUAUUAUGAUUUUCGAAAGGCCACUUUAUAUGAUCAAAGAUUGAAGGACCUUAGAUAUGCUAUUAAUGAAGGUUUAACCCAAGAGUUAGAUUUAGAUAUGCCAUUUAGUGCUUCUGAUAAAAAACCUUUACCAAAGAGUCCACAUGCAGUAUUUCGUGAGCUUUUUGUGGAUAAUAGUAAUUUGGAUGAUUAUGACCAUGAAUUAAUGACCCAUUUCUCAAGUUUACAAAUGCAAGGUUUAUCACAGCCACUCCUGGAAGAUAUAUGCGAUGACCCCUGCUUGAAUGGUGAAAUUAUUGUAAACAGAGAUGACCAAAUUGAAUUAGAAAAUAAAAUGAAACAUAACCUCAAUAUCAAAAAAGCAAAAAAGGCAAUGAAUGACAAACGGAAGAAAAUGCGAGAAAAGCGUCGAGUGGCGCAAGAGGUUAACAUGAAGUCAGAUAAACAAGAUUUGGAGAGGCGGGGCAAAGAGGAAGCCCUGCAGCGGACUCUGGCUGCACAUAUACAGUUACUCUGCUCUCUUAAUAUGGUUUCUGAGGGAGAUCGUGUCUUGAAGUACUAUAGACAAAGAAGUUUAAAGAAUACUACUCAUCCACCAGUCAAAAAUGUUAAAAUAUACAACACAAUGUUACAUGGAUAUGCUUCUGUGGGACAGUUAGAAAAUGCCAAGGAAUUAUUGUCAAACAUGCUGAGUGACGGUAUCAAUGUUAAUGCGCAAACGUUUGCGGCUAUAUUCGAGUGUGUGGAGCGGAGCCACAAAGUGGACAAGAUAACAGUAUUAAACUUCUACCGCCAAUUGAUGGAAGAAAAGGGCAUUCAACUAAACGAUCUCCUGGACAAAUCCAAGUUCCUAUUCGACCAACGUGAAACAGUGCUUGGCGCUAUCCGUAGAAUUGAACCACACUUCGAACCUAUAUAUACUCCUCCAGAACUAGAUUAUAAUUGUCCUCUAAUGGAAAAAUUAAAGUUAAACAACGUAGAGAAUAGGAAAGGCUUAUUCAUAUCUCCGGUGAAUGGAUUGCUAACGUUUGACCAGUUGAAAGCAAAGGGAAUGGAACAAAUCGCAAUGGAAAUGAAAGGCGAAAUCGAAGUGCAAAAUAUUGCGAUCAAGGAUGAUGAAACUUCAACUGUCAGAGUUUAUCGCGAGUUACUAAACGAAGCUGAAAAUGAAUGGCGCGGAGUGAUAAAAGAGGCGUUUAUACGAAACCUCAGCACGCUCAAGUCGCGAAGCAAUGCAUCGCAUUCUGCUAUCACAUUAUAUCCAUACUUAAAAGUUUUAGAGGUGGACCAAUUUGUGGAGAUAAUAAUGAAUGAAAUCACAAAGCUGGUGGAUGGAAGUGAGACAUACAGUCCUACACUCAAGUUGUUACAGAGGGAUUUGGGAGUGCAAGUGUAUAAUAAGUAUCAAAUAGAGCAAUUCAAAAAGAACGGAGUGCUUCAGAAGAUUGAGAAUGUGUAUGAGAAGUAUUGUAAAUGGUACUUAGAAAGACAUCCUUUAGAUGAUACCGGGAGGCCCUACAAUUCCAGACAAGCAUGGCAAUUACUUGUACAUCAGAAUAGGGAGGGGGCUAGCCUAGAUAUAGAAGAAACUCCAUGGUCUACGGAGAUCCGACAAAAUAUUGGAAAGUUCCUGUACAAUAUAAUUAUUAAUGAUGUCAAGAUUGAUGUCAAUUUGUUCAAACCCAAGUCCAAGGUUAAGAAGCUCCCCGCCGUGUACAAAGUGCACCGGCCGUGGGGCCGGCUCGUGCGGCUGGAGCUGAAGCCGCACCCGGUGCUGUCGCGGCUGUGCGCGGCGGCGGCGCGGGCCGCGCUGCGCCUGCGCGCCGCGCUCGCGCCCACCGUGUCGCCGCCCGCGCCCUGGCUCUCGGCCACCGCGCCCGCCGCCUACCUGCUCACCGCCACGCCGCUCGUGAGGAUGCCCGUGUAUGUGAUGAGUCAAAUGAAACGGCUGGAAGAAGCGCCGCAAGCGGACCUGUACCCGGUACUGGACAGUUUGAACCAGCUCGGAGAAGUGCCGUGGGUCAUCAAUCAAUCGAUAUUGGACCUACAGCUGAAGGUUUUUAAGUCGGGUGGCGAUAAGAAGCUCGAUAUUCCACCGCCGGCGUCUUCCCUGAAACUGUCGGAUAUACCCGGGGAGAGCGAAGGAGCCAGCGCGUACAAGCGGCGCAUCGCCUUCAACCGCGCGCGCGCGGACAUGCACUCGCUGUGGUGCGACUCGCUGUACAAACUGUCGCUCGCUAAUCAUUACAGGGAGCGCAUGUUCUGGCUGCCGCACAACAUGGACUUCCGCGGGCGCGUGUACGCGGUGGGCCCGCACGUGUCGGCGCUGGGCGCGGACGCGGCGCGCGCGCUGCUGCGGCUGGCCCGCGCGCGCCCGCUCGGCCCGCGCGGCCUCGCCUGGCUCAAGCUGCACGCCGUCAACCUCACCGGCGCCCGGAAGCGCAGCACGCUGCGCGAGAGGUUGGAGUAUGCAGACAGCAUAAUGGACAAAAUUUUAGACUCGGCCGACCGACCUCUCGACGGAAUGGGAUGGUGGAAGGAAUCUGAGGAUCCUUGGCAAACUCUCGCUUGUUGCAUCGAAAUCGCCAACGCCGUACGAUCUCCCAAUCAUGAAGAGUACGAGUGCAGCUUCCCGGUGCACCAGGACGGCUCGUGCAACGGGCUGCAGCACUACGCGGCGCUGGGCGGCGACGCGGUGGGCGCCGCCGCCGUCAACCUGGCGCCGCUGCCGCGCCCGCAGGACGUCUACAGCGAGGUGGCCGCGCUGGUGGAAACGAUGCGAGCGAGGGACGCCGAAGCGGGAGUGAAGCAAGCCAUCAUCCUUGAGAACUUUGUACGCAGGAAGGUCAUCAAACAAACUGUUAUGACGACCGUGUAUGGCGUCACCAAGUUUGGCGCGAGGCUGCAGAUCGCUAAGCAAUUGAAGGACAUAGACGAUUUCCCAAAGGAGCACGUGUGGUCGUGCUCCCAGUACCUCACCACGAAAACGUUCGACAGUUUGCGCGAAAUGUUCACGUCCACUAAACUCAUCCAGGAUUGGUUCACGGAUUGUGCCAAGCUGAUAUCGGGCGUGUGCGGCGAGAGCGUGCAGUGGGUGACGCCGCUGGGCCUGCCCGUGCUGCAGCCCUACUUCCGCCGCGCCGCGCCCGCCGCCGCGCCGCCCGACCUGCUGCAGCGGCCGUGCACGAUGAAGCAGCGCAACGCGUUCCCGCCGAACUUCAUCCACUCGCUGGACUCGUCGCACAUGAUGCUGACGGGGCUGCACUGCGAGGCGGCCGCCGUCACCUUCGUGUCGGUGCACGACUGCUUCUGGACGCACCCCGACACCGUGGACCGGAUGAACGAGAUAUGCCGUGAGCAGUUUGUCGCUCUGCACUCGCAACCGAUAUUGGAAAAUCUGUCGGACUUUAUGGUGAAGACGUACAGUUACGCAGAAGAGGAAUUACAGGACGGAUCUGUUGGUGCUUCAAACAAGAAACGAGUGAACUCACUGCUAAAGAAGGUUCCAGAAAAGGGAGAUUUCGACAUUAAAAGUGUACUGAAGUCUGUUUAUUUCUUUAGUUAGUCAGCUAGCGCUGGGGCUUAUGUAGGUUAUUGUCGAAUUAAUAUUAAAGAUUGUGUGUUUUCAGACAUUAGAUUAUUGUUAACUUUAUUCUUAUGUUUUUCAUAGAGUAUUGAUAUUUGCACUUAAAAUUAUAAACACAUUUAGUUAAAUCUAAAAAAAGAAGAAACAUAAGUGAAGAAAGUAAGAUUUUAGGUUAAUUUUGAAAGUUUAUUUUGCCGAUCUUAUUGCUAGCAGUGUAUUUGAUUUAAUAAUGUCUGUUUGAUUUGAACACAUUAAAUAUUUUAGUUGGAUAAUCUCUUAGAAGACUUGUGUCUAUAGAAAACCAAACAUACUGAUGAUUGUUAACGGCAUUCUAAUGUUAUAUAAAAAUAAGACACACAAUCUUAUUCGAACAGACUGAUGUACAUAGUUUUUCACGAUGUUUGAUACGAAUAAUAAUGUAUUUACAAAUGAGAAAUGAGUCGCAUUGCACUGCUUAUUGCGAACAUUUCGCAUACUGCAUGAGUCCAAUUCUUAUAUAUUAAUGAGUUAAAUAGAUUAACCACGGAUAUACUUUAGUGUAUCUCAGUUAUGUUGAAAAUAAUGUUGAAAUGUCAGAGAAUGUUUUUGAACCUCAAAUAACGCCGUAGUAUUAACGUAGUGCAAAAGGUUAACAAUCUGUGAUUGGUUAGUGUUACAAUAAACUAAGGUAAUUAUUA